AUGGCUCAUAGCAUAGGCACCCCGUACACCCUGUACUCCGUGGUGGACGUUGACAAACCGUACGGUACCCGUAAAGAGAAGUAUUAUGUGUCCGAACCAUACCCCCCCCACCCCUCCGUAAUUAGUGGCAUGUAUCACGGGAGAUUCCCAAGUUAUUAUGUAGAUGGUGAUGGUUAUUUUUAUAAUGGGGAAGAAGAUUUUCUUAUGAAGAAACCAAAAAUUGGUGAAGAUCCCAAACCAGACGAAAAUAAAACAGGGGAAGUCGAAAAUAAAGCGGAGAGCGUGGAAAGCACAAACAACGGGUUGACUUUCUUUCAAGCGGUUAUGAUCAUCGUUCUUUUGAUGCGAUUAGGCAGGAAGAGAUGCACAAGGCUGAGGAGAAAGCACUGGGCAAGGAAAGAACUAAUAAAAUACCUGGACAAAGUGAACGAAAAAAUUAAAAAGGACGAUCUUAAGAUGGAAGACAAGUUAAAGAAACUGGAAAAAAAAAUAAAAACAGAAGAAAAAAAAAUGGAGGUAAAAUGGAAAGAAAAAAGAACAAAAGCCAGGGAUAAAAUAGCCAAAAAACCAUCGAAAGACACUUUGCCAGGUGUAGGCCCAUUCUACGACAAGGACAAAAGACUUUUGGAUAAAAAAUUGGACAUUGUAGGUUUCAAUUAUGAUAAGUAUAAAUAUAAUAAGAAAAGACGAUGGAAUUCUAUGAAAGCAACUUAUCAUAAGAAACUCAAAAAGGUACAAGAUAAACAAGAAAAGAGGAAACGGAUGAAGUGCCGACGAAUGUUUUUGUUUGAAAGGAGGUGGAAUUUUGGACCUAAAACAAUGAAAAAGUACUUGCAACAGAAACAACAGGAAUGCGAUUUAGAUAAAAUGCAUUAUACUAUGAAAGAGAUACUAGAAAAAGAAGAAGAAGAAGAAAAAGCGGCGGAAGAAGAAGUAGCAGAAGGAGCUAAAGAAAAAGAAAAGAAGGGAGAAGAGGAUGACGAUGACAACGAAGACGAGGAAGAGGACGAUGAUGAUGAUGAUGACUAUGAUGACGAAUACAAUGAUAAUGACGAAGAUGAGGAAGAAGAAUUAGAUGAUGACGAAGAAAUGGACGAUGAGGAGGAGGAAGAUUAUGAGGACGAUAACGAGGAUGAGUAUGAUGAAGAUGAUGAAGGGGAUGUGGAGGAGGAGGAUAUGCAGAACAAUGAGGACGACGAAGAGGACGAUGAUGGGUAUUAUGAAAAUUCUGAUGAUUAUUAG